AUUGUCAGGACCUUAUGGUGAUAGAGGUAUUGAUAUUUUUGGAAACUAUUUUGGGUACUUAAUUUUAGUUCAAUGCAAGAACUAUGAUGAGAAGGUUGAUGUCAGUGAUAUUAGAAAAUUUGAGGAUGUGUUGUCACGAUAUCUCAAAUGCACUAUGCUAGAAAUUUUUGCAACAUUAGCUGUGGAUGGAUACACAAAAGUCGCAAUCGAAAGGGCAGAAACUUCUAAAUUUAAUCUGUUAUUAACAAAUUUAUUGAAUAUACAACAAGAUAUUCUUGAUUAUGUCAGUAAAAGAUUAGGUAACUUUUCUGCAGAUUCCAAAGAUCCUGAAGAACGUAUAAUUGAUGAAAUAAUUG